AAAAAACAAAAACAAGAACAUAAACAAAUUAAUCAGACCAGAAAUAAUUGAAUUCCUUCCCACCAAAGGAUUCUGUGUUGAAAAUGGCAUCGAUGAAGCUCAUCGCAAUUCUUCUUGUGUCGCUAUGUCUGAUCGCGCCUCUCACUCAAGCCACCAAAGUCACCUACUGCACUAAGAAGGCUUAUGAUGUCACGGUUAAAGGAGUUGAGAUAAAUCCUGAUCCGGUUGUAAGAGGCAAGCCGGCAACGUUUAGCAUUUCUGCAACUACAGAGGCACCGCUCUCUGGAGGAAAACUGGUUAUUGAUGUCUCAUAUUUUGGCUUACACGUCCGCACAGAGGAGCACAAGCUUUGCGAAGAGACUUCUUGCCCUGUUUCAAUUGGUGAUUUCGUGAUUUCUCACUCCCAAGUUUUACCUGGAUUUACUCCACCCGGUUCAUACAAACUCAAAAUGAAGCUGACAGAUGAUGGAAAGCGUGAGCUGACAUGCAUUAGCUUCGGUUUCUCCAUUGGCAUUGGAUCAUCUGUCGCGGAUAGUUAGAGCUGCAUAAAUUGUUUCUUUAGUAUGUAUGUAUCAUUGCAGUCUUUAUAUAAAUGUGUAAAAAGGAACCCAAAAUACAGUUUAUCCAUGGGCCAUGCUUAAAUUUUACUGGUGCUUUAUUGUACUCAACUACCUACUUUUCUGAGACGACAAAAAGUUGAGCAUUGCUAUUUAGAGAAGCUGAAUAAAGAUUGCCAUUGCCUAAAGUAGCA